AUGGCGGGUUCCAUCAAUCCUCGCUUUAACCCCUUUGGACCUGGCGCUGAGGCGUUCGAUGGCCCUGCUGGAGAGUUCGACGAUAUCGAUUGGAAUGAUCCCGCUAGCUUCGCUAAGAUCCUGAGCCCGAAUCUCCCCAUCCCCAAGCCAGUGUCGCCGGAAGAGGUCCGUGCAAAAACCCGGAGCCACUCCGCCCGCAUCUUCCAAGCUUGGGAUUUCCUGAACGCCCUCAUCAAGAGGCAUGAAGCCACCAUCCAGAAGCGAUGGUUCAAGAAAACCAAAGAGCAGCGCCGCAAAGUGCUGUUGGCUGCUUGGCCCAACAUGGCCCCUACCCAUCGUCCGGAUUUCGACGCCUUCACCCGUGAACCCGAGCACCAACGCACCACUGCCACAAAGUUUACCGACUCCUACAUGUUUCCAUACAUAAACCAAGAGGAUUUGCUGAGGCCGAGAAAUUUACUUCUCAUGCUCAAUGCUCGUGCCCGCAACCCGCCCGAUGCGUUCGCCAUGGCUGACUCCGAAGCUGCUCGUCUCGGCUGCACCGCAAGGGCUGUAGUGCCACUAUUCCUCAAUGAGCACACCAUGAUGUUCACCGCACGGAGGAGCCCGGAUACAUAUGGCGAGCUCCUUUCAUGGGACGAUCACCCCGACGCCUUCGAGUGGCUGACCUCCGGCAAAGGGAUGGGUCCCGGUUACGGACUUCACGUUCUUGAAAUUCAAGACCGCGUCUUGAACUUUCUCGUUGAAUGCUGCAAAUCCAUCUUGCACGACAUUCAGCCUGAAGCCAUGAUCAGUGACGAUUUCUCUGUCCAGCCCGAGCCGCCAUCGGUUUCUGAGAGAGAGACUGGCUUCAGCUCACUUGCCGCUGUCGCAGCCGAGGCUCCUUACCGCGCCCCGGCAAGUCUAGACUGGAAGAGGCUUGAGUCGUUGGUUGCGUCUAAGCUUUCGGCCGCCGAGGACCAUGUAUGGGCGCUGCGCGAAGAUCCUGACUACUUCGCGGAUUGCGUCACAAGCUACCAGGAGCAUCGGCAGGAAAUGAUCCCAGAUUCCAACGGCAAGCCUCAUCCUAUUUUCAAGCCCGGCCGUGAAAACGUCUUCUGGAAUCGCGUCAUUGGCGAAGUCAUUGCGAACGCCUAUCUCCGGCUCGAGCUUUGGAACGAGUUUCGCGAUCAGAUCGCCAACUUACAGCUUUUGCAACACAAGUAUGCUCAAGACAUUUCCAUCGAGGAGGACUUGCCCGAAGAGUACCUCACUGCCAUUUUGAAGCUUCAGCACUACCUUAAUCAUUCGUGCAAAGGUCCAUUUGGACAACUGAAGCAAGGCGUCGUCGCAUCGCCCCCACUGCGCCGCUUCUUUGUCAGAGACCCCCCGGAUGACCCACAGUCGACUAGGAUCCUCGUCCGGGAAAAACCUGGCAGCGGGUCGGAUCAGACCCGACAGCGCGUCCUGUGGCUGUUCAACGCCAUUUGGGACGACCAGCGCCGGCACCUUGCAGGGAUCACCGUCUUGGUGGACGAACUGGAGCGCUUGCUCCAGAACGAUGCGAAUGCAAGAGAGCUGACGUCUCUGUAUAUCGUGGACGUCAUUUCCGAUCUUGCCGUCAUGGUCGAGUGCAUCCGCCACAUCGAGCUCUACCAACCGUGGGCGCGGACAUUUGAGUCCCACAUGGUAGGGAGGGAAGAGGGUUUCAAGAAGGAUUGGGCUGAACGAACUAAGGGUUGGGUUCAGUUCCUGGCAGUUGCUGACGGGACGACCCUGGCCAACUUGGGGAACCCCUCCGACAAGAAGUUCUUUUAUCCGGUCGACAAGCGAAGGACCCGGGACAACGUCGAGGCCAUGAGACGGGCCGAGCAGAACCUGGAUUCUUUCUGGAGCAAGGUUGACGAGCACAUGCUGGCGAAGAAGCGGAGCCUUGACAACACUGCGGUGCGGCAACUGCUGUCACAACCUCGGAUCUUGCAACGAACGCCAGAGUGGAUAGAGCCGGCCAAAGCUCCCGUCACGCCAGCAGGGGAUGUACACUCCCUGUGCAAACCUUUGUCCGAGCUCUACUUCGAUCUAGAGCAACGAACGGAGCAAACGAUCGACCGUUCCGGCGCGUCCGCUUCCAGGAACAAGGAGAAGACCAGAGGCACUACUGCACAGACUUCCGACGCAUUAGACACUCCACCAGCGGAGCCCCUUGAGCGCCACCGUCCCGACGAGCAGCCCGUGUUUGCAGUCGACAAGAGGGCGCAAAAGGUUUUCUCCACUCUAUUCUACAGUCCCUCUGCUUCGUCACAACCAGGCGAGGUGACCUGGACGGACUUCUUGCAUGCAAUGAGCUCGACGGGAUUCGCCCCGGAGAAGCUGUACGGCUCGGUGUGGCAAUUCAAUCCCACGAGGCUUGACGUCGAAAGAAGCAUACAGUUCCACGAGCCUCAUCCGUCAGGCAAGAUCCCCUUUCGAACAGCUCGCAGACAUGGGCGGCGGCUGAACAGAGCCUACGGCUGGCACGGGGGCAUGUUCGUCCUUGGCUAG